CCCCCAGCAGCUUUCUUCUUAUCCAGUGUAGCCUUUUAAAUGUGAACGGACUAGUCGAAACAAGAAAACCAUGAAACACGGCCACAGAGACACAUCUGAAUCAAAAUACCGGGAGAUGAAGGCCACUCCGUGUGCUGAGUGAGGGGCUCCCCCGCCUGGCUUUGUGGGGCUGCUGGUCUCUCGAUUCACAACCGUCUGUGACAAAUGGCAGCUACGUUAUGAACGGAGGCCUGUGAUUGGCUGAGAGACUGAGGAAGAAGCGCAGUGGACCAAUUAUCCAUCAUCAGCGUGUUGAUGACGUUUCAGUCCAUAACAGAAAAAAAGGAAAAUAAGAUAACGAUAACGAACAAGAAAGUGUGAUUAAAAUAAUUUAAAAUAAUAAUGGAAAUGUCUUUUAUACAAAAUAAAAAUUAUGUAUAUAACUCAUGUAUAUAUUCUUUAAACUGGUGGACAAAAAAAAAAGUUAAACCACAAAAUGUCACACGGUCUUAAAACGAGUUUCUUUUUUAUUUGAUAUAUUUUCUUUAUGAAUGAUUUACAUUUAUCUGCUUUUAUUCAUUUCCACUGAAAAAUGAAUAUUUAACCAACAAAAACAAACAAAUACAAAUUUGUAAAAUAUGUGUUUAAAAAAAGGCAACAGAAAACGAGCAGAUGUAUCAGUAAGAUUAAGUUAAGUUUAUUUUAAUUGUAAGCAAAUAACUGUUAACAUCAAAAUGGCAUCACAUUCCUCACCUUAGUAGCAUUCAUAAAUUGAAUAGAUUGCCUUAAAUAUUCAGGGAUGGCUUAUUUUCAAAAUAUUUUGUCAUCAUAAUACUAGAUACAUAAUAUAAAUAAAUAAGUCGUUUAAGUAUUUGUAAUGAUGGUAACAAAAAGCAGUAUCUAAAUAAAAUAAAAAAGCCUAUUUCAGAAGAAAACUACAAAAAAAAACUUCAUUUCCCAUGCAUCACCGCGGUUUAAAUACCCUCUCCGAGGGGUUUCUGGGAUUUUAAGGAGCAAAGCGAUGAGUCUGAAGCGUCUGAUGGUCUAAUGAAGCCAACGUUUUACGACUGUUUGGUCGGUAAAAACUACAUUUCCCAGAUAUGUUUAAUCAUCACCAAAUGACUGUUUGCUCAUCCUCCACUGGAGUCAGGAUUGGCUUGCUGCUGCAUAUAGCAGACAGGUAUCGGCUAAUGAAGCAAUUAUCCCACCGGCAAACGGUAACUUUAUGAUGUGAGGACUCCAUCCUGUCAUCCUUGUUGGGAGUCAGCAUGGCGCACGAGGAGGACAAACACAGCCUCGAGGCGAAAUUUGCUGCUGCAGUUAGUGUGAUCCGGAGUUUGCCCGAAGAAGGUCCUUUCCAGCCGUCUGAUGACAUGAUGCUGAUGUUCUAUAGUUAUUACAAGCAGGCCACCCUGGGGCCCUGCAACAUCCCCAGACCAAUGGGCUUCUGGGACACUCGAGGCAAAGCUAAAUGGGAUGCAUGGAGCUCUUUGGGAAAUAUGACAAAGGAGGAAGCCAUGAAGAAUUAUGUUGAGGACAUCCAGCUGAUAUUGGAGACUAUCCCAAUGUCAGAAGAGGUGUCUGACCUGGUGCAAAAGCUUGGCUCCUUCUAUGCAGAUGUGGAUGGAGAGGGAAGAGGAAAUGAAGAAAGUGAAGAGAACGAAGUGGACAGGAGACCCUUCACCAGGCCUUUUGCACAGCAUGCAGAUGAGCUGAUCAGACCCUUUAAGAAACCAACAAUGGAAGGCUUUGGGGAUCUGUGGGAUGAUGUUCAAAACCUCCAAGAACAUGACAAAGACAACAGUGUUCAUGGUGUAAGUGUCAGUAAUGAGGAGGCAGGGGGAAGCAAUGAAAAUAGUGAAAUGGAGAGAAGUGAGAAAAGCAGUGAUUGGAGGAAAAGUGAGGAGGAGGAGGAGAAUGGGGAUGAAGAAGACAAUACAGAUGAUGAAGACAAAGAGAAGGAUAAAGGCUGGAGUCCUGACCCGAGGCUGCUGAUGGUGGAAGACAAGAGGGGGAGGUCUGACACCAGGGGGUCAAGCAGCAGCAUGGAACCCAGCAUGUCCUCCUUCACCAACGGGACACACAGCUCCCUCAACAGCGAGGUGGAGGAGGAGGAGCUGGCCUGCUCUGUGGAGUCCAGCGUGCAAUAUAACCCGUAUAUGACCUUUAAUGGACACCUGAGUGGUCGUAGUGAUGUUGUCCCUGAGAAGAACUUCCGCCGAUCCACAGACUCGGAUAAUGAGGAAUUCUGCGACUCAAUGGAGCAUCUGGCCAUGGACGAGGGACUGUGUUCGUCUAAAGCUCUGACACCUGGAUCAAGAGUUGCCUCAGUGAGGCAAAAGGAUCUUUGGUUUGAGAGCAACACUACUCUGAAUGGAGAAGAGGAUCAGAUACUCAUGGGAGAUCUCUACUUUAAAGAUGGGAUUAGUACAAUUCAACGCAACAGCUCUCUUUCAAGAAGAGGGAGAGUUUCAGGUGUUCAGUCACCGAGGGCAACCUGCAGCUCUCAGCGGUGUGUCAGUGUAGAUGCUGCCCGCUGUUGUGUGUCACAGAGCAGACAUGCUGCGAGGGCUGCCAGGGGAAACGUCAAUGAGCAAAUAGCUACAGCUCUGCUCAGGCUGCAGCACGAUAUGGCUGCUGUGCUGCACAGGCUGCGUGCGCUGGAGGUGCUAACUGUGUCACAGUCAAGAAAAUCUUCACCAAGACAGGAGGACCCUCUUACAGUAGCACAAAAGUUUAUGAGACCUUCCUGGUGGCCCUUUGACUUCUGUCCACUCACCGUGGUGUUGACGGCACUCUGGCCUUUGAUUUCCCAUUGGCUUGUCCAGCUGUAUUUACAACGAAGGAGAAGGAAGAUAACUUGAAUAACCUGAAAUCCAUCAGCAAAGAACAUGAACCUGAGAUGAAAAUGUUGCACUUUGGUUGCUUUAUGGCUUUUUUAAGCCAUAAUCAAUAUCAGUCGGGGUGUAAUGAGGCCCUGAUAGAAGUGGAAAAAGUUAUCCUAGACACAUAGAUGGUCAGGAAGCUGUUUAAAGAGAGUUUCUGCUGUAAAGUGUAGCAUUUUGACAAAAGUGCACUAUUUAGAUGUUUUAGAAUGACAAGAUUCAUGCUAGCACAAUUUCUUUGUUACAGUUAACUUAUAGAAUUAGGCGGUGAUCUUAUUUAUGAAAUGUGUCACUGAUCAAUAGAUAUUCAACAUAAAGAUAAUUAUAAUAACAUAAGUUGUUUAACAUAACCAACCGUUGUUAUUGCCAGUUAUUUUAUUUAUUGUACAUUUUAUUUUUAAUUAUGUUUUCUUUACUGUUUUUGUCAACGUAUUUUCUUGCAACUAGAAAUCAGCACCUUUUCUAUUUAUUGUCUGAUAUCUAGAAAGAUGUUAGCAGCUUUAAUUUAAAUUUAUAUACAUGGAAAAAAUAUGGUAUUGUAUGUUUGAAAGUGUUUUUUUUUAUGACUGCAGUGCAAUAAUAGCAAAGAUAUCACUUUCACUUUUCAAAAAGUACUGGACAAUUUUAUUAUUUAUCCUUUUGUCUUUUUAGCUGUUUAGUGAAUUGAAAAAAGUAUCUCUUCCAUGUACUAUAUCAUGCUUUCAGACCUACAAAUGUAAAAAAAAAAAAAAAAACAUUCAUGAAGAAAACUUUGACAUGCAAUAAACACGUUCUCAAAGUCAA